AUGGUGAAAACCGAGGGGAAUCGUCACCGUCUUAUGACGCUAGCAUGGUUUAGUCAAUGGGGUGGCAAUGGUGUGGUAUCCUUUUACUUCACAGCCGUUCUCAAAACGGUUGGCAUUACUGAGUCCAGUGAGCAGUUGAUAAUCUCAGCAUCCCUCCAAAUUUGGAAUCUUUUGUGUGGUGUCACUGCUGCCUCGUUCGUUAGCCGACUCGGCAAACGACCAUUGUUCCAUGCCUUGGCAAUCAUCAUGCUCUUGGGCUACAUCUUGAUCACUGGGCUCUCAGGAUCCUUUGCUCAAACUCGGGAUAAAUCCGUUGGAAUUGCAGUGGUUCCGUUCUUACUCAUUUACUUUGCUGGACAUGGCAUUGCAUUGACCCCUCUGUUGGUUGCCUAUCUGUGUGAGAUUUGGCAAUUCACUCUCCGCUCCAAAGGCCUCAGUCUUACGUGGAUCGCCUCCUGCCUUUUCGCAUCAUUCAACUCUCUGGUCAAUCCGAUUGCUCUGGAUGCCAUUUCAUAG